AUUCCAGUUGGAUUUAAUGGUGUUAUGUUGGGUCAGAUAACAUCCCAGCAUCCACCAGUUGAACCCAACACAGUACCAGUAGACACCAUUAUAGUUUCCUUUAAAACCAAUACGCUUCCCAUUAUAACAUUACAUCAAUUACUAUUUCUAUAAGGGUUUCUCUUGCUCUUAGAGAUGUUUAUUUGUCAUUACAGUUCGUAAAGAAUUCUAUAGGUAAAGAAGGGGAAGGUGUUAGCUGAAGUACUGAGAGACACUGUUUUCAUGAAACCUUGACUCUUAUCUAAAGCGCAGAGAAUGGUCACAAUGGGAAACAUUCAACACACUGAUCAAGAGAAACGUGUCGCAUGACUGACCUCAGAAAAACAGAGGAAGAGAAAAAACACUGUAUGGCACUUUAUGCAAAUGAGGUACAAUGUCUUACAGCUAAAUUUGAUUUUACAUUCACCCUCAUGUCAUUCAAAACACGAUUUUCUCAUCUGUAGACCACAAAAGAAUAUAUUUCAAGAAAUGGUUUUGUGCUCAUGGAAGUCAAUGGGGUUCAAACUUAUGAAACAGUUUUUCUAAAGAAACUGUGUUCAUCUGCGUUCGCUGUCACUUCUCUUUAAAUGCGGAAUCAACCUUUUCAUCCAACACGCAACAAACGUGUUCAUUUUUUAAGCGUCUGGAAACAACGUUCUGAUUAAACGCACAGAUAACCUGCCACACACCUGCUGCCUUCAGUCAUCAUUGCAGGUGAAACACGCACAAGAGAUCCGCUGUCCACACACCCUGCUCUCACAUCACUGACAGUAAACGCCGUCCACAGUUACAUUUAGUCAUAUUGUUGAAGGUAAUCUGUGGGUGUGUGAUCUGUGAUGUUUGAUGAUCUCAGGUUCAGAUUAAUUUGACUAUUUAAGAGCAAGACACGGGCGGAGUGAAACAAACCGUGCUGGACACGUCUAGUGUUCAAUCAUCUUCUCUUUAGCGUCCGUCUUCGCUCCGUGUCAUGUGUAAGGGUCUCUCCGGCCUCCCGUCCUCAUGCCUGGAAAAGGCAAAGGGAAUGAAAGUCAAACUGACUCACCUGGCUGAAAAGCAGGAGUGGGUUCAUAAACACAGGGCAACUGAAGAAAAGCCGCCGCAAGAUCUGGAGACUUUGCUUCACAGCAAAACGACCACUCAAGCUUUCCGCUGGUUCCUGCGUUCAGAGUUCAGCGAGGAGAACCUGGAGUUCUGGCUGGCGUGUGAAGAUUACAAGAGCUCAUCCGCGUCUAAACUGUCAGCCAAAGCCCAGAACAUCUACAACCAGUUCAUCAACCCCGAUGCUCCUCGUGAGGUUAAUCUGGAAAGUGAGACCCGCGAGCUGUUAAUGGACCUGAUGGAGACACCCACAGCGGAGAUGUUUAAUGAAGCUCAGCACAGAAUCUUCUCUCUGAUGGCUAAAGAUUCAUUUCCUCGUUUCCUGCGGUCCACUUACAGCCAGCGCCCUCUCAAAGCUCUGUGAGACGACCCGUCUUAAACCCACUUUUCAUCCGGUUAAAAAUGUGUUUCAUUACUUAAACUGUCAAUAUAGAUGCAAGGGUCUGAUGUAGUUGUGUUAACGUAAAUGUUAGAAUUGUGCUUCAUAGACAAGAGAACACAUUGUUUUUGCUGUAUGUAUGAGAACUUUUUAUCUUCAAU